CCGUCUCCACUGAGCUCGAGCUCGACCAAAGCCGCUCUCCCAUCGUAACCACCGGAUAGAACAGUGCCCCCGCCAUGAGGACGAGCACGAGCAACGCCGCGCUGCUCUUGCUGGUGGCAGCAGCGCAAUGCCUCGCGCUGCUCUCCGUCGCCGCCGCGGCGAAGCCGCGCACGCGCCAGGGCGACUACCUCGACCGGCUCCGCGGCUCGCCGUCGUCGUGGGCGUCGCUGGCCGAGGAUCGUGGCGCGCCGGCGCCGUCGCCAUCGCCGUCCGGUGGGCGGCACGCGGCGCCAGCGGCGGCGGCGGUUGGGAGCAAGGAGGCGGACCGCGUGGCGGGGCUGCCGGGGCAGCCGGCCGGCGUGGGCUUCGCGCAGUACGCCGGGUACGUGACGGUGGACGCGGCGGCGGGGCGCGCGCUGUUCUACUACCUCGCCGAGGCCGACGGCGGCGCCGCCGCGUCGUCCAAGGCGCCCCUCCUCCUCUGGCUCAACGGCGGCCCCGGCUGCUCGUCGCUCGGGUACGGCGCCAUGGAGGAGCUCGGCCCGUUCCGCGUCAAGAGCGACGGCGUGUCGCUCUACCGCAAUCCCUACUCCUGGAACAACGUGGCGAACGUGAUGUUCCUGGAGAGCCCGAUCGGCGUGGGGUUCUCGUACUCGAACACGACGGCGGACUACAGCCGGAUGGGGGACAACAGCACGGCGGAGGACGCGUACAAGUUCCUCGUCAACUGGAUGGAGCGCUUCCCGGAGUACAAGGGCCGCGACUUCUACCUCGCCGGCGAGAGCUACGCCGGCCACUACGUCCCCCAGCUCGCCCACGCCAUCCUCCGCCACUCCUCCGCCGCCGCCGGCGGCAAGCCCUCCUCCUCGCCGAUCAACCUCAAAGGCAUCAUGAUUGGGAACGCGGUGAUCAACGACUGGACGGACACAAAGGGGAUGUACGACUUCUUCUGGACGCACGCGCUCAUCUCCGACGAGGCCAACGACGGCAUCACCAAGCACUGCAACUUCACCGACGGCGCCGACGCCAACAGCCUCUGCGACGACGCCACCAGCCUCGCCGACGACUGCCUCCAGGACAUCGACAUCUACAACAUCUACGCCCCCAACUGCCAGUCGCCCGGCCUUGUCGUCUCGCCGCCGGUCACCCCCUCGAUUGAGAGCUUUGAUCCGUGCACGGAUUACUAUGUGGAGGCCUACCUCAACAACCCUGAUGUGCAAAAGGCGCUGCACGCAAACAUCACCAGGCUUGAUCACCCGUGGUCCGCUUGCAGUGGAGUCUUGAGACGCUGGGUCGACAGCGCUUCAACGGUUCUGCCCAUUAUCAAGGAGCUCCUGAAGAACAACAUCAGAGUCUGGGUGUACAGUGGAGACACUGAUGGGAGAGUACCUGUCACUUCCAGCAGAUACUCUGUCAACCAGCUCAACCUUCCAGUUGCUGCUAAAUGGAGACCAUGGUUUAGCAACACUCAGGGUGUUGGAGACGUUGGUGGAUACAUUGUGCAGUACAAGGGGAACCUCAGCCUUGUAACCGUGAGAGGAGCAGGCCAUGAAGUCCCCAGCUACCAGCCACAGCGAGCGCUUGUGCUUGUCCAGUAUUUCCUUGAAGGCAAAACGCUACCUGAUUGCGAAAAAUGUGGAGAGGCUUAGUUAUAAAAAAAAAACUUAACUUAUGUUUACAAAUAUAAGUAGUAUAAUGUGCCAUGACCACAAGUUGCAUUAUUCCCAUUGUUGUCCCCAUUCUAGAUAGUGCAAGAAAGAAGCAAAAUGAAAUGAUAUUAAGAAGUACUCAAAUAUAGAAACCAUUGCCCCCUGUAUUUAGCAGAUCAUGUAACGGCAGUUCAGCAAACGAUUUUAUAUAGAGUAAAAGAUUGUAAGAUGGCGCUCCUCUGAUCUGAAUAUUGCUUGCCAAAAUGGUUGGCUGAAAUGAAAAGCAGAUGCUUCAUGCUUCCUUGUAACACAGAUCAAUCUGAAUAGUCAGAACAGGAUUCCAUGAAA